AUCCCCUGUGCUCCAAACAGGAAGUCCUUCGCGGUACCGAAGAUAGUUGAGAUACCGUGGCGGGCAGAUUGGUCUGCGGUGAAGGGCUUAUACCAAGCGUUGUACGUGGGCGUUUUUCGGUGUUUUACGUGAAAUGUAGGUUUAGAAAGGGCACAGAAACGCAGCUGCCAUGGCUUCGGGACCGGGGAAAACGCCGCAAGAUGUGGACAUGAGGCACUACACGCUGCCGAACGCCCCGCUGAAGUCUAACGGGGAAGGGGAGGGAGGUGGGGCCGAGGGACAGGACGGCGGGGAGACCGCCGUGUCGUCCGCGGUAGACGAGGGGGGAGGGGCCGAGACGGACGGUAAGGAUCCCGAUCGUGAUCCCGAGGCACCGACAACGCCCAAAGAACAAACAGAUCAAGCAGAAGAUCCCAAAGACGAGCCGGAUUCCGCGAUGGCAGCAGAAGAAGCGUACGAUGAACCGGACCGUGCCAGCAUGUGGUCGGUCCACAUGAUCAAAGACUUCCGUUACUACUUCCAGCACCCGUACGCCAGGCUGUUCGUGGCGUACCUUGUCGUGUUCUGCAACUUCCUGAUGUUUGCGGAGGAUCCUGUUUCCCACAGCAUCACACCAGCGAAUGUGAUUGUCGUGGGAAACAUUUACUCCUUUAUUGUGGACAAGUACCCAGGGGGUGCGUGGAACGUGUUCAAGGUCUUCAUGUGGCUCCUGGCCAUCCUUGUAGGGAUGAUCCUGGGCAAGUUUCUAGUGCACAAGCUGUUCUUUGGCCGUCUGCUGCGUCUGAAGAUGUUCCACCGUGACGGCGGUUCCUGGUUCAUCAUGUUCCUGACAACCCUGAUGAGCCUCUUCAUCUUCUCCAACAUCUACAACGGCAUCAUCCUGGCGGCAGGGCUGGGGUACGAGCUGCAGAUCUCUGACGUCAUGGGGCUCAGGAACUCCUCAUUCAUGAAGGCUGCAGCACUCGGCACAUGGAUGGGAGACUUCGUCACCGCAUGGAUGGUGACAGACAUGAUGCUACAGGACACCCUCUACGAGACGUGGGCCCGACCCGUCCGCCACUGGUGGCGCCAAGGCUGGCACCGCAUCAUCCUGUUCUGGACCGUGCUGCUGUCCCUCACCGGGGUGGUCGUCAUGGUGAUCACCACCGACUACAUCGACUGGGACUACCUGAACCGCGGCUUCCUGCCGACCAAUGAGCUGAGCCGAGCCUUCCUGGCCUCCUUCAUCCUGGUCAUGGACCUGCUCAUUGUCAUGCAGGACUGGGACUUCCCCCACUUCAUGGGUAGUAUGGACAUUAAACUGCCCGGUAUCAACACCACUCACAUCCGGCUGCACAUCCCAAAAUGUCUGCGGAAAGACGAGUGGACAAUCCACGUCACAGGGAAGUGGUUCAACUAUGGAAUCAUCAUGUUGGUGAUAAUCCUGGACUUGAACAUGUGGAAGAACCAGAUCUUCUACAAGCCGUUUGACUACGGGCAGUACGUGGGGCCAGACGACAGUAUCCACUUUGUGAAGGACAUCACCACGCUCCAGGGCGACCUGUUCAACCGGACGACGCUCACGUACGACUGGCGCGCCAACCACACCGACCCAGCAACAAAUCUGACAUAUUUGGAAAGAGACCUUCAUAUGCAUUCCAAAUAUAUCGGAUUCACGCUGGGUAUCAAGGGCAUCGCGUUCGUCCCGGGCCUCAUGGCCUUCGUCACCUUUGGCGUCCUCAUCUGGUGGUACGGACGCUUCAAGCCCAACGAGAAGGAUCCCCACGCAGACCGCUAUGUCAAGAGGAAGCGGUCGAAGAGACUGAGGGUGUGGCAGAAGAGUUCUGCCAAACCAAAGACGACCGUCGUGUCGCUAACAAACGUAAAUUCUUUAAAUGUCCCGCCGCCACCCGCGGCGUACGACACCCCCGAUACCGAGAGGGAAAACGGGGGCCGGCCGUUCCGGCGGAGAACGGAGCAGCGCCGGAGGGACUGGUGAAAGUUCAAGUGCUGUCAAAUGUGUGAGAAGAGCCCCGGGAGCGACAGCACUCCCGGGUGGAGAGUCUGGAAAUACUGUGGGAGGAGUUUGAGGAAUUCUGGGAAGACCACUGCCAGUGUUGGAGGUGCGGACUGUCCUAUCAUGUAUCGACUGCCGAACAGGCUGACACCGGGCCUGAUCAGCGGUACCGACAACCACGUCUGUCUUGAAGCACGCUGGCCAUUCCUCGCUGAAGGAAUGGCCUAGUGUGGUUCAGUGUGCUACAUGUUUUUUUUCAUGAUCUAGUAGCUCUCUACAUGUGAUGUGGUAGCGACAUAGGUAGUUGACAGUCCAAAACUCAAAAUAUGUCGUAGUGGAACACAACAACUUGUCAAAAGAAGAAUGUAGAAAACAUUAGCGCCAUCAGCAGUGUUUUCCAAUGUAGUGAAGAACAAAUUCCCAGACUUAACUUAAAGCCCACAUUGCCCCUGAACCCAGCAUCACACUUGGGUUCUAUGCUGUGAAGAAACCUUAACAGCAAGAAAAGUCAAGAUCCUGCAAUCCCACUAACAUCUGCAAGGGGGCUCUUUUCACACAAUUGAGGCAAUCUCUUCCAAAUAGAUGACAUAAGUAGCCAUGUGUUGUAGUAAAUGUACAGAUACAUGAGAAAAUCAAAAUGAUGUGUUACAGUCUGUGUAUGAUCAUGUUACCUUGAUACCAAAGGAAACUUACUGUCAAAAGGGAAACUGUACUUAAGAGAUAAUGAUCCUUCCCUUAUUUUUAUCACAUAAAUGUACAGGAUGAAAUGUUAUUUCUAAAGUCUCAGAGAGAGAAAACUUUAUCUUUGGGAGAAAGGUUGAUAUGUCAAUGAUGUAAGAUCAUUUAAUGAUUUUAUUCAUGUUUUAAGAGAUUUGUUACAACUUUGAAACAUUUGACAAAGGGGGGUUGUAAAAAUUAAAACAGCUAAAAUAUAUUGACAGAAACGUACUGUGAGAAAAUGUAGAUAUUUUGCUACUUUUUUGUAUGUAUGUGUGUUAAAAAGCAACUGACUUAGAGUUCUAUAUAGAGAGGCUGCAUUUUCUAAGGAUAUAGUGUCUAUACACGUACGUUAUAGAAAGAAGAAAUGUCUACAUGUAGCAAAUAUGAAUGUACUGACUACUCCUACCUUCUGUAACGCGUAAAUCAUGGACAAACAAUCAUGGAAUAGAUAUUAAUUACAUCUCCCUAAAAUUGUACUGGAACAGUAGGGAAAGUAGAGGGCAGCUAUGCAAAAUCCAUAUAUGUAUAUAGUGGAAAUCAACUUGGAAAUGAGAAAAUACAAGUCACUUAGAAUGCUUGAUGUAUUAACAGACCAAAGUGAAAUGUUGUCUGUUAUUAAACAUGUUGGAUCUUUUAUAGAGCAGAACAUUCACUGCUAGAUACAAAUGCAGAUAACAGGUGCAAAUUCUAACAAACCGAUAUUUGAAACUUCCGGGAAGGAGGCCAUGUAGCUUAAGAAAGGUACAUGGUAGCUCGAACCCAGUUCACUUUCACUUGCCAGCAGUGUAAUAGAACUGAAAUCUGUCAAGAGCUAUUUGUGAAGCAAUUAUAAAAAAAUGCAGCUUUCAGUCAUUGAUAGCAUAGACAAUCACUUUGUAGUAAGCUUGGUGUGAUUCUGGCAUUUCUGACUACAAUGAGCUUUCUUGCAAUUUUGAUU